ACUAUACGACGUAUAAGCGGCGCGAACGCAAUUUGUUGAAAUUGAUAUUUCCAAUACAAACUUGCAUAUCUCACGAAUCAUGGGUUCUAACGAAGUUGCAUCUCUCGUCAACCCGUUACAUCCUACUCUAGUCGAGAGACUCGACCCGGCCUUUACCGAGAUCUACAUUCGCUACCAAGGUAUCGUUUAUCUCGAAACUGCCUCUAUAUAUCAUGUUCAGUCACUUACUAGCGAGCCUACAGCAUCCAGACUACGAGCUGAUCAAGUUCCCUAUGAAGAGUAUAAUCGUGACCGAAAGAAAUACGACUUCCCAACAGCUAAAGUCGCCGGACCGGCACCAGACGUAGCCAGCACCAAGAUCUACCAAGUUCCCGUCUCGAAUCCUUCUGGUGAAAUAGAUAUACAGGUGUACGUGCCUACACCGGAAGCAGUCCUUAAUGCUGGACUUGAACGGGAAGGCUUGCUCCCAGCACUCGUGAACUUCCACGGCGGGGGUUUUGUAAUAGGAGGCCUAGACUCGGAUGAAUCUCUAUGCCGAAAAUUCUGCCAGAGGGUUGGCUGUAUUAUAGUAAACGUCGCCUACCGACUUGCUCCGGAAUACCCUCACCCAAUAUCGGCAACAGAUAGUUGGCAGGCGCUGAAAUGGAUAUUUCAAAAUGCAGACGCGUUGAAGAUAGAUCCCUCACGCGUAGGCGUUGGGGGACUUUCCGCCGGAGCGUGUAUUGCGGCAGUUCUCGCGCUACAGGCUCGGGAUGACCCGAGUUUACCACGUCUUGCCGUGCAAUUGCUCAUCGUGCCGGUGAUUGACGCGAGAUUCGUCCCGAAGGAGGGUUCAUGCGACCCUACGAAGACACCGUAUAAGAGUUACGUCGACUUCGAAUUCGCGCCAAUGUUACCUCUCAACCGCCUAGUAUGGUUUUAUAACCUAUGGCUGGGAACGGACGAAAGCCGCGACGAGAAGGCGAAAGAUUUUCGUGCGUCACCCAUCGUCGCCGAUUCUCAUUCUAAUCUAGCUCCGGCUAUCAUCCGUUGUGCUGAAAUCGACCCAUUGGUCUCGGAGGGGGUUGCAUAUCAUGAGAAACUAACUGCAGCUGGGACUCCCAGUAAAAUUAAAAUCUAUAAGGGACAAGGACAUCCAUUUGGCCAUUGGGACGGAUCUAACCCAACUUCGAAAGAGUUUGUUACUGAUUGUGUCAAUGAGCUGAAGGCUGCCUUUGCUAAGAAUUAGCGGGCCUUUUUUGCCCCCUUACUAUUGAAAUCUACCUAGGUAUUGCAAUGGAGCACAAGUGUUUGGGCGGAUAUACGAUAUUUUAGGUGGUCUUAUUGGAUUUGGCUGUGUUUGAUGGGACUUACCAAUCGUGUAUACAGCAACUUGUCACUAUACGUGCCUAAACACUUAGGUACCUGAAUAAUCUAGG